AAAACGCUUAUGAUGGGAAUUGCCCACAAAGUCUGAGCUCAAUUGACUUUCUCUUUACGUAUCGAACACCGUCUUUCUGGGUGUCGAACCGUCCAUUAUGUUUCCUUUGAGCGUCACUUUGCUCGCGGCGGUCCUGUUUGGCGUAACGAGCGCUCAGAACGAAACAGAUAUCGAGUCUACAGUCCAGUUCUUGUUCCCCAGCUACUGUUGCACUGCUUUGACCUUGAGUCCUGUAGCCAAGCGCGUCACCUAUCCUGGUCAAAAUGCAUACAACGCCAGUCUUGCUUCUUACUUUGACGGAAAGAGUAGAUUGACGCCUAAUUGUAUUGUGCAACCAACGACUGCUAAGGAGGUCUCCGCCACUGUGAAGAUUCUGGGGGCUGCCAGCUUGCUGAAGACCUGCCAAUUUGCCGUACGAUCUGGCGGCCAUACCCCGAUCCCUGGUGCCAACAAUGUCGACGAUGGAGUAACCAUUGACCUGCUGUACAUGAACGGCACGACCUACAAUGACGGGACCAAAUUAGCAAGCAUUAUGCCAGCCGCCAGAUGGGGAUCUGUCUACGCAGCUUUGGAGCCAUUGGGGCGCAUGGUAGCCGGCGGUCGAGGGUCCACGGUCGGUGUCGGCGGCUUCCUGCUGGGUGGAGGUAUAUCUCACUACGCGCCCCGCGUCGGGUUGUCCUGCGAUAACGUGGUCAACUUCCAGGUCGUCCUUGCCGACGGCCGCAUUGUGAACGCCAGCAAGAAGACUAACGCCGAUCUUUUCACUGCGCUCAAAGGUGGUAACAACAAUUUCGGCAUUGUGACCCGAUACGACAUGGAGACUUUCGAGAACGAAGAUCUAUGGGGAGGUAUCGUUUCCUGGCCUGCGUCCACCGUCAAUCAACAUUUCAAGUCGCUUGUCAACUUCGGUCUGGACUCGAACAGGGACCCAAACGCUGCUUUGAUCGUCUUCCAGGGCUACUCCACAGCCAGCCCAAUAGACGUCGUGCGGGCUGCCUUCGAUUACACAAAGCCUGUGGUACGCCCGGAUGCUUACCGCGAGUUUUUCGCCGUCAACAACACCAUCAGCGAUUCGACUAAGAUCCAACCUAUGAGCGCAAUCGCUGCCGAGUUUGGUAGCGACACCACCAAACGAGUUCAAUUCCGUACACUCUCGUUCAAGAUUGAUCUCGCGACCCUCCAGGAGACAGCACGUCUUUACAACAUCGUCAUCACGGAGCUUCAAGCCAAGGCUUCUGGCCAGUGGCGCGUCUCGUGCUUGCAUCAAGUUUGGGCGACAAGUUACACCGCGAACAGCACGGCCAAGGGCGGCAACGUGCUCGGCAUGGAGCGCUACAGCGAGAACUUUAUCAUGUACCAGUCCUACCUAUCUUGGUCGGAGGCCCAAGACGACGAAUUAUUCAUCAGCUUGGGCAAGAUGUUGACCGAUGGCAUCCAGAAGUUCGCCACCGAAAAGGACACAGCGAUAGACUAUCUGUAUCUCAACUAUGCCGACAAGGACCAGGAUCCACUUUCAUCCUACGGUGCCGACAAGGUGGCGUUCAUGAAGAAGGUCGCGAAGAAGUAUGAUCCUCUCGGGGUCUAUCAGAAACUUCUGCCGGGAGGAUUCAAGAUCUCCGAGGUGUGAGAAUGCCGGUGCUGCGGCUCCUCUAAGUAACUUCAACUAAAGUCUUGAGUCACAAAACUGGGCUACCUUGCUCGAGACCUCUGGUGCAUAUAUGACUUUUUUUCCGAAAUGUAGCUUUGAGCUGUGAUUUGGAGCAGCAGAAAGCACGUUUUUCUGUGUGCAUCCUCGGCGUUAAAGGCCGUGUUGACCGAGUGUGGAACGAAGACUGUUU